AUGGAGAACCUAGAGAAGAUGUGCUCGGAGGGAACGACGUUUGAUGUCAAAAGGGUCUUCGGUUGCUUCAGCAUGGACGUGAUAGCCAGCACGGCGUUCGGAGUCGAUGUGAACUCCCACAAAAACCCGCAGGAUGCUUUUGUGGAGAAUGCGAGGAAAAUCGACAUCACCACGUUUACAGCUCUGCCGCCCUACCUGGUCAUCGGAGGCCUGUCACCAGACGAAAUGUUCUCACAAGUCGUGGCUGUAUUCACCGCUGGCUACAGCAACUCAUCGGGUCUGCUGGCCAAUACCGCGCUGUACCUGACAAAGAACCCUGACGUCAUGGACAAGCUGCAGCGCAUUCUGUCCUACUUCCUUCCGAAGUACGUCCUGCAGAAGCUGGGGUUUGCCAUUUUUCCCGCUGAUGUUGUUUCUUUCUUCCGCGGGGUAUUUGAUGAUAUAGUUGAUGAGAGAAGCAAACAACCACCAGAUCAGCGAAGAGUUGAUCUACUUGAGUUGAUGACACGAUCAAAUGAAGACAAGAUUCACAAGCAUCUAAAAGACGACGAGGGCGAGAGAGGAGGCCUGUCACCAGACGAAAUGUUCUCACAAGUCGUGGCUGUAUUCACCGCUGGCUACAGCAACUCAUCGGGUCUGCUGGCCAAUACCGCGCUGUACCUGACAAAGAACCCUGACGUCAUGGACAAGCUGCAGCACACGACGAUGAAGUGGAUAACCGUCCCCGCCGGUACAGAAGUCGUGGUUGAUACCGGCCAUCUCCACAUGGAUCACGGGUAUUGGGAGGACCCGAUGACCUUCAACCCGGUUUGA